AUGUAUGAUUUAUUUUUGUAUCAUUACAAUUAUGCAACUAAUCUGUUUAUCCCAAGAAUUAAUUAUCAAAAUAGAAGGAACAGAAACAAAUGGAUUACUCCUGAAUUGAAACAUAAAAUAAGAACUAAAAACAAUAUAUGGCUUGCUAAUAAACGUAAUGGCUGGAAUGAGGAAUCAACAAAAGUUCAGUAUAAUAAGCUAAAAACUAGAAUAAAGAAUGAUAUUAAGAACAAUAUAAAACAAUUUGAAAGUACUUUAGCUAGCAAGUUUAAAUCAAAUCCUAAAUUGCUUUAUAAAUAUAUCAAUGAGAAGAAAUCAGUGAAAACUCAUAUUCGAGCUCUGGAAAUUGAUAAUGGGGAAAUCAUAAAUGAUCAAUUCGCCAUAGCUACUGAACUAAAUAAAUAUUUUCAUUCUGUGUAUAUUAAUGAUAAUUGUGCAAAUAUUAUUGAGUUUCAUAAUAUACCUUCAAAUUUAUUAUUAAACACAGUUUUAAUAACACAAAAUGAUGUUCAAACUAGACUUCAAGCACUUGAUAAAUCAAAAUCAGUCGGUUUUGAUUUUGUUCAUCCAUAUGUUUUAAAAGAAUGCAGCUCGUCAAUAUCAUACCCAUUAUAUUUAAUUUUCAAAAAAUCGAUGGAAACAGGUACCCUACCAGAUAUGUGGAAGAAGGCAAAUGUAAUGCCACUUUUUAAAAAAGGAAGCAAAUUAAAAGCAUCUAACUACAGACCAGUCUCGUUAACUUCAAUACCAUGUAAACUGUUAGAAAGAAUAAUCGCUGAUUGUAUCAUGCAACAUCUCAUAAAAAAUAAUUUACUUUCAAAAAAACAACAUGGUUUUAUGAAAAGCAAGAGCUGUCCAACAAACCUAUUAGAAUACCUAGAUAUUUAA